CAACAACAACCGCAUCGCAUGAAACGGUGACCGUGAAACGUGAAGUUGAUUUCACGUUCAAAGGCUUCUCUACUGAAGAAACAGGAUCUCAAGUGGUCCCUUGCGUCCCUCUUGGUCUUACGAAACUCCCUUCGAACCUGACCUCGGGCAGCAGUUCGAAUGGAACCAGUUCAAUCCUCAAGUCAAGGUUGGACCUUCCAAGUGCGGUUGGGCUCCAUCCUGUUGGAUGUUUUUCCCCAGGAGAAUGGCGUCCCUCAGGGUGAUGGAGCCACAUUGUUGGGCAAGACCAGCUGCCCACUGAAAGUCACCAAGGACAUCUGGUUCAGAUGCUGUUCCUGCAACUAUGUCACCAAAGAUCAGCGUGGAAUUGUGAGCCACCUGGCUGCUCAUGGUGAUGCACAAUCCAAGUGCCGGCAUCCUUCCAAGUCUGGCUCUAAGGUCCAAGUGCUCAGCAACACUGAAAAGCACAACAGUGAAAAGCCAUUUAAGUGCAAACGUUGCCCCCAAGAGUUUGCUUAUAAUGCCAUGCUGACCUGUCAUAGUCGAACACAUACUGGUGAAAAGCCUUUUAAGUGCAAGCAGUGCCCCCAAGCCUUUGCUCACAAUUCCCUUUUAAAAAACCAUAAUCGAAUACACUCCGGUAAAAAGCCAUUUAAGUGCAAGCAGUGCCCCCAAGCCUUUGCUCACAGUUCCCUUCUAAAAAACCAUAAUCGAAUACACUCCGGUAAAAAGCCAUUUAAGUGCAAGCAGUGCCCCCAAGCCUUUGCUCAAAAUUCCGAUCUACGAAACCAUGAUCAAACACACACUGUUGAAAAGCCAUUUAAGUGCAAGGAGUGCCCCCGAGCCUUCGCUCGAAAUUCCGACCUACGAAGACAUAAUAAUGUGCACACUGGAGAAAAGCCAUUUAAGUGCAAGCAGUGCCCCCGAGCCUUUGCUCGAAAUUCUCAUCUGCAAGGUCACAAUCGAAUGCACUCCAAUGAAAAGCCAUUUAAAUGCAAGCAGUGUCCACAAACCUUUGCUCGAAAUUCCCUUUUAAGAAAGCAUAAUCGAAUGCACACUGAUGAAAAGCCAUUUAAGUGUAAGCUUUGUCCCCAAGAGUUUGCUUAUAAUUCUCUUCUGACCUGUCAUAAUCGAACACACACUGGUGAAAAGCCAUUUAAGUGCAAGCAGUGUCCCCAAGCCUUUGCUCGAAAUUCCCGUCUGCAAAGCCAUAAUCGAAAGCACACUGGUGAAAAGCCAUAUAAGUGCAAGCAGUGCCCUCAAGCUUUCGCUCAAAAUUCCACUCUACAAAGCCAUAAUCGAACACACACUGGUGAAAAGCCAUUUAAGUGCAAGCGGUGCUCCCAAGCCUUUGCUCAAUAUUCCACUCUACAAAUUCAUAAUCGAACACACACUGGUGAAAAGCCAUUUGAAUGCAAGCUGUGCCCCAAAGCCUUUGCUCGAAAUUCCCAUCUACAAAACCAUAAUCGAAUGCACGCUGGCGAAAAGCCAUUCAUGUGCAAGCAGUGCCCCAAAGCCUAUGCUCAAAACUCCCAUCUACGAAGCCAUAAUCGAGUACACACUGAUGAAAAGCCGUUUAAGUGUAAGGAGUGCCUUCGAGCCUUUGCUCGAAAUUCUGAUCUACGAAGCCAUAAUCGAACGCACACCGGUGAAAAGCCAUUUAAGUGCAAGGAGUGCCCCCUAGCCUUUACUCGAAAUUCUGGUCUACAAAGCCAUAAUCGAUUGCACACUGGUGAAAGGCCAUUUAAGUGCAAGGAGUGCCCACAAGCUUUUGCCCGCAAUUCCUAUUUGAGAAGCCAUAAUCGAGUGCACACAGGUGAAAAGCCAUUUAAAUGCAAGCAGUGUCCCCAAGCCUUUUCUCAUAAUACCACUCUUGUCCGCCAUUAUCGAACACACAGUGUUUAAAAUGCCUACAAGAGCAAACAAUGCCCCAAAAGCUUUGCUGAGAAUAGAAGUUUAUUUGCCAGAACCAGAUGGCACACGUGCAGAAUGCUUGCAGUUGGCCUGCAAGUUGAGCCUGCUCCAUGUGUAAUCAUUAAAGUCAUGCAGAACUUGAUGCCAUUUCAGUCGAAGGGUACAGAUCCAAGAGGCAUAUCUUUCUCCUCUUGAGGAGGAGGAGGAAAGAGUAAGGAGAGGAAGAAGGAAGGAAGGUUUAGAGAGAGAGAGGAGUAAGUGAGAUGUGAGAAUAGAAAAAGGGCUGGCCUUGCGGUUGGGGAGGUCCUGCGGCAAUUUUUUGUGGGUGCUUUGUUGUAGGGAAGCAGACGAAUUGGAAUGCGAUAUCUUCUUUUCAUGUGCUUAGGGCGUUCUAACAGAUUUUGAAACUCUGUUUUUGGAUGUUCGACUAAACUCUGGUCGCUUAUUGUAGCACAUAAUGGGGUUAAUAUUUGUGAUACCCUCGACUCAGCGCACCCUGGCGGUUUGUAGGUGGAAUAGGAACAGCCCGUUUCAAAUAAGUUUGGAAACAACUUUACCCAGGAUUGACCCAAUCCCAAAACAAAAUAUACAAUUACAUUAAAUAAAAUAACAAAACAACCCAAAUUCAAAAUGCUAAGAACGCAGCUAUACGAAAUCAAAUCCAGUAACCUAGUAUGUUCUUGAAAACCUGAGCAAUAGGCCCAAUGUAAAGAGUGCACACUUAUUGCUCCUGUGCUCCUAAGAGUAAAAAUAAGUUCCGAGUUCAACCAAUUUACAAAUCAACACAAAAUCUUUUUGUUAGUUUAAUUUCAAAUCGAACCCCGCUCGAGUGCUCUAAGGCAUCGGGUAGUGCUUAGCAACGAUAUCGAGGACUCGGAGGAAGGCAUCAUUGCAGCGGAUGGGGUGUCCAUCGACAUUCAUCUCAGCCAGUUAAGGCGUGUCUGCAGCGUUGCAGCAGUUUUUAUUUUGCCAGCUGGCAUCCUCUCAUACCUCCCGCUGCAGCCCCUUGCCUUCGGGAGCAGGUAGAGCUAGUCGAGUGUAUUAAAAAUAUUAACCCCAUUCAUUAACUGUAACAGUAAGCGACCAGCGUUCAGCCGAACAUCCAGAAACAGAGUUUCUAAAUCUGCUAGAACGCCACAACAAAGUGCCCACCACAAAUCGCCAGGGAAUCUCACUGACCGCAAGUCCCCUCUUUUUUGUUUUGAGACAAAUUUUCGGACAAAUUUCCCCGAUUCCCUCCCACACCCUCUUGCUUUCUCUCUAAUCCUCCUCUCCUUCCUUCUUCCCUCCUUUUUCAUUCUCCUCUCCCUCCCCCUUCCCUCCUCCUCGAGCGGAGUAUGACGCCUCUUGGAUCUGUGCCCAAUCGAAGUAUUCACAUAACCGAGUGCAACAUGGGUGUCCCAAAGGCUUUGCUCGGAUUAUUAUUUAAGCGUGCCACACUGAAGCUUUUAUGCACAAUAAGCCUGACUAAUUCCAGCAGUGUCCGAAGUCAUUGUUUUAACGGUCUUGCCUUAUCGGGCACAUGCUAACAACCGAGGUUAACAAACCCUAAGGGCAUUUGCGUUUGGGGGUUUGCCUGAACCAAGUGGGCCUUUCAGAUGCCAGCAAUAUCCGAGAAACUUGAAUCGGAAUUCCAGCUUGAUUGGCCACAUACAGUGUGCACACAGAGCCAGACUAUUGGCCUUGCUCUGGAGCCUCUUGUCCAAAUGCCACCGUUCGUCAUCACACUAAGGUAUUGGGGAGUAUUAGGUGAUUCUUCUCCAGCUGUGAUCCAGAGGUUGGGUCAAGGAUUAGGAAACAUUGUUUAAUAUUUUUCAAAGCAACUACUUUGUGUUCUGUAACUGAAUGUACAUUGGGUCAUG